GAACGCUCUAGCAUCCGUACAGUGACGUCAGAGGGAGUGAUGCUGGAAGAGCUGGUGGCUGGAGGAGCCGAGGGGCUCGUCCUUCUCCAAGACUCUGUCAGCUGUGAAGGCCGCACUCUGCUCAAGAGCUUCGUAGCAGCAUCCGCACGCAGAGGUGAAUCUGUCCAUGUGAUUAACUUCGAUGUUCCUGAGGAAGGAUUCAAGGCGGGAUUCACCCCGGAAGUGGCCUCUCGGCUAUUCAUCCAUGACGGCUUCCAGGACCCCCUCGGCUGGUCUGGAGCAGGAAGUGGCAUUACGGUGAGAGAUUUCUCAGCUCCGCAGCUGGUGCUGCGCUUGUCUCAGGCGGCACAAGGACCUGCGACUCUGGUGCUGGAUUCCCUCAGCUGGCUGCUUCUCCGUCUCCCAUUUCCCAGCGUCUGCCAGGUUUUGGCCCAGCUGCCCAAGAGAGCUAAUACUGUCGGUGUGAGGAUCCGCACGUUCGUGGCCCUCCUUCACGGGGACUUGCACCCACCUGAACAACUCAAAGCCCUGCACGCCUUGGCCCGGUCUGUAGUGACCCUGAAACAAGGGGACGGUGGUCCUCGAGUCGCUGUGACGUUGUAUCGGAAGAGACGGAACAAAGUUGUCCAGAAGAAAGAAUACUUCACAGUCCUCCCGGGCUUUGCCUUGAAACAUCUUGGAGAACCAUCUCCGGCUGCCGUUUCUGGAGAAGUUACUGAGAAGGACGAUGCGACUGACGUGGCUGACCCCACGGCUAACCUAACCUUCAACCUACGCCUCUCGGAGGCAGAGCGUCGGGCCAAAGAAUCGGUGCCUCUCCCAUACCAGUUCAGUGACGAGAAGAAGUCAUCUCUGCUGCAAGGGCCAACCGGCCAAGGCAAGAUCUACUACGAACCGGAUGCUGCAGAUGACAUAGACGACGAAGAUCCGGACGAUGACUUGGAUGUGUGAAACACACAGAACUGGAACUCUUAUUCGAAGGGAGACUCACCCAAGUUGGUCUCCUAGGUGGGAUUCUGCAAAAUAGCCAGAAUUGGGUCCAUUCCAGUGCCUUCUUCCAAAGUUGCCAUCUUGGUGGUCUUCCUUUGUUGGCAUCUCCCAGCAGGACAUUUGCCUUGGAUGGACCUUCUCAGAGAGAAGACAGUAGAACGAAGCCGCAAGGUCAAAUGGCAAAGAAAGACCCCAGUUGCCAUUGCUCUUUAAAGGGAAUUUGGGGUUUCCAUUCAAGAAGAAUCCGCGAUGCAUCAUUUCAUCUCGUAAAUGUUUACUUUCUAAAUAUUUGAUAGAGUAAGCUAUGGCUGGUGGGACAGAGGAGAGGAUGGAGCAUCCAGAUAUUUGGGGUUUUGUAGCAAGACGAAUAAACAAUUCGACUGUU